AUGACGGAGGAACCUGUGAAGUCACAGGGGGAGGUGCCCAUCCCAAAGGGGCCUCCGAGAGCCAAGCGCCGGUCCCCAGACGCCGCGUCCGCGGAGGGAGACGAGAGGCUGCCCUUCGCCGCCCGCCCGUCGGCCGCCAGAGGGCAGCAGGCUCCCGGCAGAGAGAGGCCCUUACACAACCCUCCCUCCACCCCCGCAGGGAGGAGGCUCCGGCCGGCCGGAGGAUGCGCUCGAGGCGCCCCGGGCGGCUGCACAGGGAGCCCUUCGGAGCCCUCCAGCCCUGCCCCUGGCCAGCAGGGGGGCCCCUCUCCGCCGCGCCCCCAUGGCACCGGCCGGCCCCGCACCCCCGAGGCCAGUGGAGAUGUGCGAGGAGCUCCCCUGCACCGCGCCCAGUACAUGCACUCCCCCUACGACCGCCCCUGGAACCCCAGAUUCUGCAUCAUCUCCGGGAACCAGCUGCUGAUGCUGGACGAGGAAGAGAUUCACCCCCUGCUCCUCCGAGAACGCCAGAGGGACCCUGCGCGGACCAAGCUUUUACGUCGAACCGUCAGCGUCCCCGUGGAGGGGCGACCCCAGCCGGAGCACGAUUACCACGCGGGCCGUUCCCGGCGGAAGAGUGUUCCUGGAGGGAAGCAGUACAGCAUCAACAUGGACGCCCCCCCAGCGCCCCCCUUCCGCCCCUCGCAGGGAUUCCUGAGCCGGCGCUUGAAGAGCUCCAUCAAGCGGACCAAGAGCCAGCCCAAACUGGACCGCACCAGCAGCUUCCGCCAGAUGUUGCCUCGGUUCCGGAGCGCCGACCAUGACAGGGCCCGCCUCAUGCAGAGCUUCAAGGAGUCGCACUCCCACGAGUCCCUGCUCAGCCCCAGCAGUGCCGCCGAGGCCCUGGAGCUCAACCUGGACGAGGACUCCAUCAUCAAGCCCGUCCACAGCAGCAUCUUGGGCCAGGAGUUCUGCUUCGAGGUCACCACCUCUUCCGGCACGAAAUGCUUUGCCUGUCGAUCGGCCGCCGAGCGGGACAAAUGGAUCGAGAACUUGCAGCGCGCGGUGAAGCCGAACAAGGAACGCUUGAAGCGACCGGGCCCUGAAUCUGAGCGGUGGCCCCUCGGGGUCCGUCUGGUCUACUCGGACCGGCCGCAGCUCUCCGGGGCCUCAGACAGAGGAGGAGGUCUUUCACAUCAAAGGCUACCUGAUCCUUCCCUGGAGAUGCCGCAGCUGGGGAUUGAACCCAGGGCCCUUCUGCAUGUCCAGCAGGUGCUCUCGCCCUGA